AUGGAGAUGAUUAUUUUUUAUUUCCAUAACCCUUAUGAUAGAGCAGGUCAGCUUUUGUUAUGUUAUGCAUAUGUUACUCACAAAACAACUUUCAUGGCAGCUGAUCACUUAAUAAGCAGCUGAGCAAAGAUAAGUUGAGAGCAUUGUGUGAUGAAUAUAAACUGGCCAUAGUCCAGAAGUAGGUUAUGACACAUUGGACACAUGCCUGGUUGCAUCUAAAGGCACCAUAUUCCCUUUAGAGAGCACUACUUUGGACACAAGCCUGUCUAUGUGAGGGCUAUGAGGUCAGAUCAGAAGGAAUGGCUUAGUAGGAGUUCAGCUCAUAUGAAAUAUACUGUACUGACAAAGACCAGAGAGUGCAGUGCGUGUGUGUGUGUGUGUGUGUGUGUGUGUGUGUGUGUGUGUGUGUGUGUGUGUGUGUGUGUGUGUGUGUGUGUAUGUGUGUGUGUGUGUGUGUGUGUGUGUGUGAGAGAGUGGGUCAGACACCUGUUGGUCUGGGGCCCACUCUCUAUCUGAACGAUGUCAGUAACCUCUUUUAGAAAGCUAUAGAGAGGAGGCAACUUACACACAUGUUUACUCUCUCCCUCUAACAUACACAUGCACACACACCCAACCUUACACAACCUCAGGCAGUCAGUCAGUCAGUCAGUGAGUAGUUGGCCUGAGGCAGAGAAGAGGUGCUUGCUGUUCGUCCUGUGUCCUGGAAUGUAGUUUGUUUUCUAAAUCCCAAUUGGUCACCCUUCUGGCUCUGGGCGGAUCUCAAGCCCCUUUUUCAUGUGAGCCCUGUCUGGAAGUCAACAGUUUGGAACUAUUUGGAAGUCAACAGUUGCCCGUGUUGUUCCUCUUUUUCUCCCGACCCGUUUUCCUCACUCCCAGUUUGUUACUCCUGGGAUAAAAUGGAAGGAGGGAGAGGAGGAAUUGAAGAGAUAGGAGAGGAGGAUGUAUUCUAUUCUAUUCUAGAAUGUUCAAGUCUUGUGGAAGGUAAGGAACCUGAAACUGUAAGAGAAUCUGCAGGGAAUUGGCUGAUUUAAAGUUUAUGUAGCAUUCUGUGUAGAUACAGUAGCUUAGUGAGUUAGAAACAGUUUGAGGGUUAAAAAUAGGCCUGUAAGUACGUCAGCCAUGCUGCAACACUCAACUAGAGAAGGGGUUAGGCUGGCGGGAUAUCUUUCAUUAGCUGUCCCGUGGCAGUGCUUGCUGGUAUGUUCCUAGCUACAUUACACCCAUUCACAGUGCUUAACUGAUCUCAAAUCAAAGUGUAUUGGUCGCGUACACAGAUUUGCAGGUGUUAUAGCAGGUGCAGCGAAUUAAUGUCUCGCAAAUACAAUACAAAUACGCAUAUAAUUUUUAUUUUUUUUAAAUCAAGAAAUAACAAUCUAUGUAGAUAUAUUAGAGUGAGCAUGUGUGAGAAUCCAGAAAAUAAAUAAACUAUGUAUACAAAAGUAUGUUGACACCCCUUCAAAUUAGUGGAUUCGGCUAUUUCAGCCACACCCGUUGCUGACAGGUGUAUAAAAUCGAGCACACAGCAAUGCAAUCUCCAUAGACAAACAUUGGCAGUAGAAUGGCCUUACUGAAGAGCUCAGUGACUUUCAAUGUGGCACUGUCAUAGGAUGCACCUUUCCAACAAGUCAGUUCGUCUCAUUUCUGUCCUGCUAGAGCUGCCCCUGGAGCAGUGUUCUCUGGAGUGAUGAAUCACGCUUCACCAUCUGGCAGUCCGACGGAGCAAUCUGGGUUUGGCGGAUGCCAGGAGAACGCUACCUGCCCAAAUACAUAGUGCCAACUGUAAAGUUUGGUGGAUGAGGAAUAAUGGUCUGGGGCUGUUUUUCAUGGUUCGGGCUAGGCCCAGUAAAGGGAAAUCUUAACGCUACAGCAUACAAUGACGUUCUAGACGAUUCUGUGCUUCCAACUUUGUGGCAACAGUUUGGGGAAGGCCCUUUCCUGUUUCAGCAUGACAAUGCCCUCGUGCACAAAGCGAGGUCCAUACAGAAAUGGUUUGUCGAGAUCGAUGUGGAAGAACUUGACUGGCCUGCACAGAGCCCUGACUUCAACCCCAUCGAACACCUUUGGGAUGAAUUGGAACGCCGACUGCGAGCCAGGCCUAAUCGCCCAACAUCAGUGCCCGACCUCACUAAUGCUCUUGAGGCUGAAUGGAAGCAAGUCCCCAGAUAAAUAUGUGGUGUGUAUAGAUAGACAUUAUAUAAUUUGGAAAAGAAAAUGGUAUGGACAGUAGCAGGUAUAUUAGGACGAGCUGUGUUGAGAGUACAGUAUAUACAUACACAGUGAGUAAACAACAGUAUAUAAACAGAAUAUGAGGUGACCAGCGUUCAAUGACUCUAAAUACAUGGCGCAUUUGUUUCAAGGUUCAGGGCAUAUUACCGGGCAGGUAGCCUGCUAGUGAUGACUAUUCAACAGUCUGAUGGCCUGGAGAUAGAAGCUGUGUUUCAGUCUUGGUCUAGACAGAGUUUACUGUUAGUUGUGUAGGUGGAAAUCUCCAUGUGAAUACGUAUCCUAUGCAUGUUAUCAGUUCACUAUCUUUAUCUGUUCACACUGGGUGACAGUGAUUUACAGACCAAAACACCAUGUGAUAGGAAACACUUCUGUGUGGGAGCAAAGCGGAGUGAACGUCAUGUUAGAGUCACACCCAUGUACUUUCAUUUGGCGAGUGAGGACACAUAAGACAGUAAGAAUGGUAUACGGUUGUUGGACGCUUUUCACGACUGCCACAACUUGGAGAUUGUAGAUAUUAUUGAGCGAGCUGGUAUGAGUAAACUUUUCUCCUGCUUUCCCAACAUUUCAAAACAUAUUGUCUUUUCAAUGCCUGCGUGAUUUGGCCUGAAGUAUCACCCGUCUCAAGACUCUAUGAACAGAUGUACAGAAAAUGAUGGUUUUGCUUGUAUCCCCAUUAAGCUGAUCAAGCACCACUUUACAAUGCUUUCUAAGAAUUUCCUCAUUGAAAAAUGAAGGUAAACUUUUCCACUUAAAGGGGCAAUCUGGGAUUCAAACAACACCUUUUGUUGAUGUACCAAUCCCAGAUUGCUCCUUUAAACUGAAGCAGUGAAAACCAUCUGUUGAAAUGCCCACUUUAUAAUCUCCUCUGCUGUGCUUGACCUAGAAAGAGACAAAUCCUGAGGUAACCUCCCUAGCCAUAGCCAGACCCUUAUUUUUCACCAUUAGCCUUUGAAAGGUACACAUUAUGGCUGUACCUGCCGUCUAGAGAAACAAGCCAACCGAUCAGACCUGCUUUAUUACUCUCUCCUUGUGUUUUCACACUCCACUGCUCCUCUCUUCCUCUCCUCCUCCUUUCCUGUGCUCCACGCCCCAGCCCUACGCAGAACUAACAGCCUGGAAGAGUUGCAGCUUGGGGUAAAAGAGUCUGUGUCAGCACGCGGCCCCAUGGGAUAGCUUUAAGUCUCACCGCAAGCCCCUCACUGUCAGAAUCACACUGGAUGCGUCCCAAAUGGCAUCCUAUAAUAGUGCACUAUAAAAAGUAGUAAAGUAGUAUUCAAAAGUAGUGCACUAGAAAGAGUAUAUAUAGGGUACCAUUUGGGAUGCAGCCACUACCCAGCCUGAGCCAAAAUGUUUCCCCCAUUGAUUUGUAGUGUUUAGGCCCAGUCCCAAGGGACUGAUUGAUUUAUGACAAGAUGAUAGACUGUUCAGAGCUUGAACGGAAGGAAAUGAUUCUCAUUCUCCCUUUAGUAUCUUAAGAUUGAAUAUCAUGUUGAUAUACUGUAUUGGGUAGUUAACAGUACUGUAUAUGUUCAUGUGUUAUAAUGGAGUUGAAUGGAGUUUCGAUAUUUGUUUUUCAUUAGACAUACAGUUUCUGUUUUUCCUGUAAGUUAAUGUUCUAUCAAAGUUGACAGUCGAGAGAAUGAUGUUAUUCCAAGUCAAGAUGGUUGCGGUGAAGAAGUUAUUAAAACAUCCUAAAGUGCUAAUGGAAGGAAUGCCAUUUCCUCCUUAAAACACUGACUUUGACGUUACGAAUGGCUGUAGUCAGCGACUUCUGUUCACUGUGAGGAUGCCAUUUCCCAACCGCCUGUAUAUAUAAACAGAUUCUCGGGAUAACGUUCUCUCUCUCCCAGACAGAUUUUGAACGUUUGCCCAGGCUUUUGAAAGUGAGGAGAGUUUAAAGUGAACAGCUGCUUCAGUUUAAUGUUUUCAUCACUGAUAUUAUUUCUGUCAUAUUCAAUCUGAAGUUUCGAUCUCUGAAAUAAACAAUGUGUGAUGAGGUGGGGGCUGCAUCCUAAAUGUCAUCCUGUUCCCUGUGCCAUUUGGGACACUUAUGGGGCUAGUCUGCAGUACUGACUUGUUAUAAGGAUGCUGCCUAUCCUGGAAAAUAUCAAUAUCCAACUUUAUGAUUUGAUGAUACUUCAUGCAAUGAAGCUUGAAGGUUUUUUCCUUUGGCUAAAUUUAUAGAACAUUCUCUCAGAUAAAUUAUUAUAUAACAUACACUUUUUUAGGAACUAUCAAUCAGUAUAGAACUGAUGCUUUUUUCAGUUGGAGCCUCGGAAAUAGAACUGAGUAUACUAAACAAGAUCACUGCUCUCCCUUGGUUAUGUCAAUACAUGUCCGUUCAGCUUCAUUUUGAAAGGAUCGCCCGAGGGUGAAUCUUCUGCGAAAACACCCCUUAAUAAACUUGUUUUUUUGUCUGUACAGUUAUCCUUAUUCCUUACAGUAAAAAUACCAGAAUCAGUCAAAUAACCUGCACAAUAGAUAAAUGACAGCAGAGAUUACCCUGUGAUGUCACGGGGUCAUUUUAAACUUGAAUAGAGCACAUCAUCCAGUCCAUGGUUUAGAUACAGUAGGUGUGUUCGAUUUAGCUCCAGUAUCUCUGGUAGACCUGGGUUCAAAUACUAUUUCAAAUAUUUCCAAUACUUUUAGCGUUUACUUUAGCCUGCCUGGAGUGACAAAUGGGGUUUGUCGUUUUUAAACUAUUCUAUUGGUUCCAUUGCCCCAGGCAAGCUCAAUCAAGCCCAGAUAAAGCAUUUGACAUGAUUUCAAAUAGUAUUUGAACCCAGGUCUGAUCUGAAGAUGCAUUAUUUUAUGUCUAGACUGCCAUUUCAUAAUAGCCAUAAUGUCUCAAUGGCUACAGUGGGAUCAUGCAGUAGUCUCCUGAUACUGUUUUUUUGCAGGUUGUGUGUACCGGCACCCAUUCCCUUUUCCCUGGUCUCUUUCCCUUUUGGUUUGGAAAAUGUAAUUAUGAUUAUGUAGUAAUUAAGUUAGAGCACGGAGCCUGGAUCUUUCCCAGUCUGGCUGGUCCACUGGUGUUUGUGGUUAGGUCUCUGACUCAGACUAUAGUUUUAUAGUCAUUUGUAUGCCUUCAAAGUUUGUCUAUGCACCUAAGGACACACACACACACACACACUGUGUUUUUAAUGUGUAGUAAAUCCCACUGCCACACCCACCACCUAAAGUCCCUUUUUGUGCAAGGAAUAACCCUGCACACACCAAUGGAAUAGUGAUCCUGUACCUGUAUAUUGACCCACACCCUUUCCCACUCUCUCCAGAGCAAACCAAAAGCAACCUGAAGGUGACCUCCCCUGAGGACUCCGAGCAGCUGAGCAGCAGGCAGGGCCCCCCGAAUGGGACCCCCACCCGGGCUCAGGACCCCAAAGGCAACGGCAGCCGCACCGUCCCCCGCAGGCACACGUUAGGGGGGGCACGCAGCUCACAAGAGAUCCUGGCCAUGCAGCCCUCAGACAUGGACAAGAAGAGGGAAGCCUUCCUGGAGCACCUGAAGCAGAAGUACCCUCACCAUGCCUCGGCCAUCAUGGGCCACCAGGAGAGGCUCAGGGAACAGGUUAGUGACGAACAG